CGAGCUUGAUCCUCAGCAGAGAGAAUUUCCAGUGUGAACUCAACUUCCACGAUAAAUAAUCAGAGGUGGAGGGUGCAAAAGAAUUAGGUUUGAUCAGUGACACCCUUUUUGGCAUCUGUCAGUCUUUUGGGAACGAUGAGGGUGUACUGGGAAGGGUCUAACUGUGCCCGAGUCGCUGUUUGACUGGUUUUAUCAGCGCAGUGGCCGUGGCUCCCGCUGGCGUGUGGGGACCUCUGCUGCCAGCACCAGAACUCGACCUGGAGACACUGGGAAUAACGGAGUCUUGUGCUAAGUAGUAUCUUUUUCCCCUAAAAGUCAGGUCCCAUGCAGCUUUUCCCAGAGUUUCUCCACUUGUGCAUUUCUGUCUGUGUAAAGGAGCUGCAGAUGGUGUAGAACUAUUGGUUUGACUGGUGUUUUCCACCGUUUAUUCAGGCUUUGUGCUUGCAAGGGCUCUGUCCAGACUGAGUCAUUGCAGUGUCCAGAUCCCAACUGCAUCUCUGGGGCUGGGUUUGUCUCACCUUGCUGUUGUGUUCAGCGACGGUGCCUGGAAACCCUGGUCUUCCUCCCUGAUCCCAGCAGUGAGUCUCAGACGUCUUGACUUCGAAGACAUCAAAAUGCAAACUCUCAUGGUGUGGAAUUGCCAUCUCUGGACAAGCUGGAAUAAGGAUCUCUUGGCAUUACCUGUGCAAGGAUGAUUUGGCCCUGGGGAGGGACUCACCUGGCCCUUCAGGUCUCUCCUAACUCUGCUCCCUCCUAAUCCUGUGUCCCCCCACCUUUGUGUUGCAGAAGGAAGAAGUGGACGACAACACCGACGAGAACAUGGAGGGGGCUCUGAUAGCCCGGGACAGGGUCGGGGUGCAGGACUUUGUGCUCCUGGACUCCCACACCAGCGAGGCUGCUUUCCUCAACAACCUGCGGAAGCGGUACCAGGAGAACCUCAUCUAUACGUACAUUGGUACCCUCCUCGUGUCUGUGAACCCUUACAAGGAGCUGGACAUCUACACCGUGACUCAGAUGCAGCUCUACCGAGGGGUGAACUUCUUUGAACUGCCACCGCACCUAUAUGCCAUAGCUGACAAUGCCUACCGGGUGAUGUGCAGCGAGUACAACAACCACUUCAUCCUCAUCUCUGGAGAGAGUGGGGCUGGGAAGACAGAGGCAUCCAAGAAGAUCCUGCAGUACUACGCAGUGACCUGUCCCACCACGGAGCAGCUGCAGAUCGUCCGGGACCGGCUGCUCCUUUCCAACCCUGUUCUUGAGGCUUUUGGGAAUGCAAAAACUCUGCGUAAUGACAACUCGAGUAGGUUUGGGAAAUACAUGGACAUCCAGUUUGAUUUUAAGGGAGCGCCAGUGGGAGGGCACAUCCUCAGCUACCUAAUUGAGAAAUCCAGAGUUGUCCACCAAAACCACGGGGAGAGGAAUUUCCAUAUUUUCUACCAGUUGUUGGAGGGUGGAGAGAAGGAUCUUCUGUCCUGGCUCGGGCUGGAGCGCAAUCCCCAGAAGUACACGUAUCUCAUCCAGGGUCGAUGUGCCAAAGUGUUUUCUAUUAAUGACAAGAAUGACUGGAAAAUAGUCCGCAAAGCUUUUUCUAUCAUUGACUUCACUGAGAAAGAUGUCGAGCACCUCUUUGGAAUUGUUGCCAGUGUCCUGCACCUCGGGAACAUUCAGUUUGAAGAGGACAGCAAUGGCCAUGCCAUCAUCCGGGAUGGCACCCAGAUCAAGUGGAUUUCAAAGCUCCUGGGUGCUCACCUGUCCAUCCUGCAGGAAGCUCUCACCCACCGCAAGAUCGAGGCCAGAUCUGAAGAGGUCCUGAGCCCGCUGAACGUGGAUCUGGCAUUCUAUGCUCGGGACGCUGUAGCCAAGGCGAUUUACGGACGGACUUUCACGUGGCUUGUCAACAAAAUCAACAGCUCUCUGGCCAACAAGGAUUCAACUCAGAAAACAGUUAUUGGCCUGCUGGAUAUCUAUGGCUUUGAAGUGCUGGACACAAACAGCUUUGAGCAGUUCUGCAUUAAUUACUGCAAUGAGAAGCUCCAGCAGCUGCUGAUUGAGAUGACCCUGAAAGCAGAGCAGGAGGAAUACGAACUGGAAGGGAUAGAGUGGGAGCCAAUCCCAUAUUUUAACAACAAAAUCAUCUGUGACUUGGUUGAGCAGAAGCACAAAGGAAUAAUCUCCAUUCUGGAUGAGGAAUGUUUACGGCCUGGGGAAGCGACUGACCUGAGCUUCUUGGAAAAGCUGGAAGAGAAAGUAGGAGAUCAUGCCCACUUCGUGACUCGCAAACUCGCGGACCAGAAAACGCGGAAAUCCAUCGACUGGGUGGAUUUCCGGCUCCUCCACUACGCAGGAGAGGUCACUUACUGUGCUGUUGGAUUUCUGGAGAAGAAUAAUGAUCUGCUGUACAGAAACCUGAAGGAGGUUCUGUGCAACUCCAAGAAUGCCAUCAUUAGAGAUUGUUUCCUCCUGUCAGAGCUGGACAACAGGAGGAGACCAGAGACUGUUGCAACCCAGUUCAAAAACAGCCUGACGAGUCUGAUAGAAAUCCUGAUGUCCAAGGAGCCUUCUUACAUCCGCUGCAUUAAACCCAACGACAACAAGGAGCCUGGGAAGUUUGAUGAUUUCCUGAUCCGACACCAGGUGAAGUACCUGGGCCUGAUGGAGCAUCUGCGGGUGCGACGAGCCGGCUUCGCGUACCGGCGCAAGUACGAGCUCUUCCUGCAAAGGUAUAAAUGCCUCUGUCCAGCUACCUGGCCCAACUGGCAUGGGACAGCAGCUGAGGGUGUGGAGAGGCUCAUCAAGCACAUAGGUUACAAGCCUGAGGAGUACAAAUUAGGAAGAACCAAAAUAUUCAUUCGUUUCCCAAAGACUCUGUUUGCUACAGAAGAUGCCUUUGAGUACAGGAAACAACUGCUGAUUUCAAGACUACAGGCCAAAUACAAAGGAUUCCUUGGGAAAAGAGCAUACCAGAAGAAGAGGAAAGCAGCCAUCAAGCUGGAGGCGUGUUGGCGAGGAGCGCUGGCACGGAAGGAGGCCAAGAAGAGGACGUGGGCAGUUCAGACAAUCAGGAAGUUCAUAACUGGCUUCAUCAAUCGGAAGAAGCCCCUUUGCCCGGAGAACAGGGAGUUUGUGAGGCUUGCCCAGUACAACUACCUGGUGAAGCUCCGAGACCACCUUCCAAAAAAUGUCUUGGACAAGAGCUGGCUCCAACCUCCCUCCAUCCUGGCAGAGACAUCCGAGCUGCUCCAGAAGAUCUGCAUGAGGAACCUGGUGAGGAAAUACUGCCAGGGGGUCACUGCCGAGAGGAAAGCGCAGUUGCAGCAGAAGGUGGUGACCAGUGCUGUUUUCCGAGGGAAGAAGGAGGGAUAUGUCCAGAGCAUCAACCAGCCCUUCCUGGACACACGGCUGAAAGUGAAUGAUAUAAACCCCAAAGUGCUGCAGCUCAUCCAAGGGGAGAACAUCAAGUAUGUGACCCCCGUGAUAAAAUAUGACAGGAACGGGUUCAAGGCGCGGGAGCGGCUCCUGGUGCUGACCCAGAGCUCGGCCUACGUGGUGGAGGUGGCCAAGGUCAAGCAGAAGAUCGACUACUCCACACUGAAAGGGAUCUCCACCAGUAACCUGAGUGAUGGGAUCGUGGUCAUUCAUGUUCCAGAGGACAACAAACAGAAGGGCGAUGUGAUCCUGCAGUGCGAGCACGUCUUCGAGACGGUGACGAAGCUCUGCAUGUUGGCCAACAAGCAAAGCCUCGUUAAGGUUGUGCAGGGAAGCCUCCGGUUCCGCAUCGGCUCCGGGAAGGAGGGGACGAUGAUGUUCACUGUGGGGAAGGAGCCUCAGGUCUUCAAGGACAAGACUGGACAACUAACAGUGGUGUCAACCCAGGUAAAGUCUUGAUGAGAACCAGUUCCUGUUCCCGGCCCUGCCUUGGCUGGGAGCAGAAAGGAGCCUGCAGGAUGAGACCAGCCCUCACAUCUCCCCUGGAAUCUCUGAUGCCACAGGGCUGCUGUGAUUUGAGAGUUUGCUUGCAUCUUUUAGGCUCUUUUUUUAUAGCUUAAAACUACUCAACUAUAGCUAAAUAAAAUCCACGAUGUUGCUGUAACAUUCCAGUGAGCAGAGAUGCUCGUUACACGGUCACAGGGAUGUGUUUAACCCAAAAGCUGCAAUUCCACAGGUAAAAUGUCUGUCUCUGAGAGCUCUAACUGGUCAGGAAGGAUUAAGACAAAAACCAAAAGGCUUCUUUAGCUGUACUUUGAGUCACAACUCAGGAGAACUGCAAAAAGUGCAGAUCAGUGAUGUUAACUCUGAUCUGAAAACACCUUUUUUGUGGGCAGACUGGCAAAACCUUUAGCUCAGAAUGAUGAGAGGAGGGUCAGGGCAACAGCAGGGCUGGUGCAGAUGGUUUUGGUGCUUUGGUUGAGCUGAAACUGCAGUUAAACUGAAAAAUCCACGUUCACCACACAACCUUCACUUACCUAAAAAAACCGAACCAAGCAAAACAAAAACUCCCCCCCCCCCCCCCAUCAAAAUAGCAUCAUCAUAACACUAAGUGAAAAUGGACAACUUACACCAAAUCCACCCCUUGUCUCUUCACCACAAUUACAGCUAAAAUGCCCCAUGUUCAGGUUCUUGACUUGCUGCCUUUACCCCCUGGGGCCUUUGCCCUGAGCAGUGCCAGGGGGUCAAAUUAACUCCACAAGGAGGUGGUGUUUCUCCCCCAAAGCUCCUCCCACCUCCAUGGCCCACGAGGCCAUCGUGCUUCCAACAAGUAAUAAAGUGACUCACAUGUAAAUAUGAAA